GGCCAGUGCAGUUGCAUGCACGGUUCAUUCGUCAUUCAUUCAUUCAUUCAUUCAUUCGUUCAACCUAGCUAGCCAUCAUACGCAUGCGCUUAUAAUAUGAGUCGCCUCAACGACGUACUUGCCUUGCCAGUUUACAGCGUACGUACGUCGUACGUACGUUUGGUUUAUCCACACGUAACAUCCUUUUUAGUCCGCAGCCGAAUCAAAGCUGACGAAGACGUUCUGGACCUAUCAAGAAUCCAGUUAAUCCUAUCACAAUGAUUAUCUACAAGGACUUUCUUACCGGUGAUGAGCUUUUCACCGACAUCUACCCCAUGAAGCUUGUUGGUCCAAAUCAAAACUUUAUUCAACUUAAAGGAAAGAGAGUGACCGAAAAUUCUUCAGCUGGGGAUAUAAACAUAGGAGGCAAUCCGUCUGCUGAGGAAGCAGCUGAAACCACCGAAGAGACUAGUGUAAGUGGCGUAGACAUCGUCCUUGCAAAUCGUCUUACAGAAGUCACGGAGUACACUAAAGAAGCAUACCAGCAGGACAAGAUCAAGCCUUAUAUCAAGAAAUUGAUGAAAGCAAAGGAUGAUCAAAUUAAGGAACUAGAAGCAGAAGGCAAGAAAAAUGAAAAACUAGUGGAGGAGUUGAAGUUACAGUACACAGCCUUCAAGAACACUUUUAAGGAGGACCUGAAGAGCGUCAUACUGACCGGUUUCAAGAAGAAGGAAUUCCAAUUCUUUCUAGGUGAGAGUUUAAGUGACGAAGCCAUGCUUAUUCUCAUGACAUACCCCGAGGACGAUCCCGAAGGCAGACCUUUAAUGUACUUUGUCAAAUAUGGACUGAAGGAAGUCAAAGUGUAAUAACAGCUCAUCCCUAGAAUGUUAUCCUGUAGAUAUAUCCACUCACCAAGUUAAUCACUUUCUUUCGCUGUCACUGCAAGGGAAAGAAGCCGGACAUCCAAAUGCCAUCCUCAACAUGUAUCUCAAAGAAAAAUCUGGUAUCAGAGACAUUGCACUAAAGAGACAAUCCUCCAAAAGAAUUAAGGGAAAUUUUUUGAGAUGAACUAACUUGAGCUUGGGGAGGAGAGGGGGAGAAGCUAUUACAAACUUAGAUGUGGCAAUUUGACUCAUAACCUGAGUCGACUGCCACAUUUUUAGAGUUUAUUGUCAAUAUACACUUUACGUGUGAAAAUAGUCAACCGUGGCAGUUGAUCGUCUGUUGCAUUAGUUGACGGAAGCAGGUAAAGGGUUCAUGUUGAAUCCAUCACGUGUUUGCAUAAAUCUUUUGCAGGCUAUUUCGCAUAACAUUUAGAGGUUGUUUGGUAUUAAAGCAAUAGACGAGUUCAAAGACUAGGUACUGCAUUCAUCCUGAUGAAGAUGCAACAUUACUCCAGCUGCCGUGAAUGCUGCCCUCUUAUGUCAACUACCUGUCAGAUAUAUAAUGGAAAUUGCUAUGGCUCAAAACAUGUCUUCUGCAUUUUGUAUAAUGAUUUCAAAUUGACCGAUCUCACAACAACUGAAAUCACUUCCAAGUGUAUGUUUUUCUUCUUAUAGAAGCAACAAGGCACAAAAUUAAAAGCAUUUUUUUUUAAAUGAAAAUAACAUUUAUGAUAA